AUGGGCUCAGCACAAGAGCAGACUCUUUUUCAGGUGAAGGACUCUCAUGAAUCAGCCAUGCAUGUGACCGAAGACACCAUUCCAAGGAGGCUCGGAGCCACUAACAAAAUGUGUUUGUAUUUCAUCAUUGCUACCCUUGUUGCUUUACUCGUCUUUGCAUUAGCCACCAUCAUGGUCUUAGUCAUUCAGAGGACGGCCACUGAUCCUGCUGCAGAGGGUGUUGCAAAACCUAUCAGGACAGGGAAUACCUCUGAAGAAUAUUUAAGUAUCCUACACAGUGUCCCGUUCAACACGGCCAUCGCGUACAUGAGAGUGUCAAACCCAGUAAACAGUUCAAAACUAAGCUUGAUCGAGAAGGGAAUUUGUGACGACAUUCAGUGCAAGCGUGAGGAGCUGGUGAUAGAGAAACAAGGUCUCUAUUUGAUCUACUGCCACUUGAACUUUUAUUUCGCCAACUGCUCCAACAAUCCCACGGACUUGAAGAUAGAACUGCUUGUGAAUGACAAAAUCAACCGGCAGAUGUUAUCCACAUGGUGUGCAUCGGACACCUGCCGAGAAAAGUCUUUUAAGACCUUAUUCCUGCUCCAUUUGACACAGCUAAAGACAAAGGACCGGAUAUCAGUAAGACUUAAUCAGCCUGAAUUUUUGAACGUAGUUUUCCUUCCCAAUGAAAAUGUUCUGGGGGUCUUGAGGUACAGUGACAAGAUGUGAGCAGCUCUCUGCCUUCCCACAGCUGCCCAGACUAUCUUU